CCUUGCAAAGUGGUGCGUAAACAAAUCCAAUUACUGUUUUCGAGCAGGCUUUGCCUUCUGCUUCCGCCGCCAAAAGACCAAUAUACUUACAGCCAGUACGCUAGAACUGCAAAAUGCUUGCUAGAAAUCAAUUGCGUAGUGCAAGAACAGCGGGUGCUGCCAGCCACGCCCGGCGCACGCGGACGUCGGUUGUAGUCAUGGCCUCCAGCAAGCCGAAGCUGCAGCUAAUGGUCAACAGCUGCACCGGCAAGAUGGGCCAGGCGGUGGCGGAGGCGGCCCUGCGUGCCAACAUCGAGCUGGUGCCGUACACCCUGUGCGGGCCCAAUGACGUGGCGGACAAGUCCCACGUCAGCGUGCAGGGUGUCCAGUUGGAGCUGGUCCCGCCCGCCACCCGCGACGAGGUUGUACGGCAGCUGCAGUCCCGCUACCCGGGGCUGGUGAUGGUGGACUACACGCUGCCGGACGCCAUCCACUCCAUGGUGGACUUCUACUGCACCCACAACACGCCCUUCGUGAUGGGGACCACGGGGGGGGACAGGCAGCGCAUUGCGGAGCAGGUCCAAGCCGCCCGCACCUACGCCGUCAUCGCACCCAAUAUGGGCAAGCAGAUCGUGGCCUUCCAAGCCAUGAUGGACAUGAUGGCCAAGUCCUUCCCGGGAGCCUUCUCCGGAUACCGCCUGCGUGUCGUGGAAUCGCACCAGUCCACCAAGAAGGAUACCUCGGGCACCGCCAAGGCUGUCGUACAAUCCUUUGUCGAGAUGGGCGUGCCGUUUGACGUCUCGCAGAUUGAGCUGGUGCGUGAACCCAAGGAGCAGGUGGAGCGGAUGAAGGUGCCGGAGGGUGCGCUGAAUGGCCAUGCGUACCAUACGUAUCAGCUGGUGUCGGGGGAUGGGUCGGUGAUGUUCGAGUUCCAGCACAAUGUGGUGGGCCGUACGACGUACGCGGAGGGGACGGUGGACGCGGCGCUGUUCCUGGCGCAGCGGAGAGCGGAGGGCAGCGAGCAGACGCUGUACAACAUGAUUGAUGUGCUGCGGGCGGGAGCCAUGCGGUGAUGGGGAGGAGGGGCGGCAUGAGGGGGGUUGGUGUUGGGCGGUUGGGGGUUGUGCGGUAUGGUGUACGACAUGGUGUCGUAUGGCUGGUUGGGUGGCUGUUGGAGAAAAAGGGUUAGCAGGAGGGAAGGGACGUGUGCAUGGGAGGUGGUUCGAGAGAGCGGACGGGAAAGAAGGCAGUUUGCGCGGCGGGUGAGUGAGUGAAUAAGAGCUGUGAUACAUGGGCCUGCCGGUAGGCGCCCGAUUGCUUUAGUUUUGCAGUACGGAUACGCGCUUUGCAAUUUCCCAACGCAAUUCCAGACACUCACGUUGGCUGCUUUGUAACAACUCGGUGAAGUGAUAUCGUCGUUCUCUUUGCUGUUCCGCGAUCAUGGCUGACACGGACGAUGUCAUGGAGGGAGUUGCAUCAGACGAGGAAGACCAGUUCGCGGCAGCGGCCAGCUUUCUUGCUGCAGCAGUAUCUGCAAAAGACGGUCGUUUCGAUGAUAAACUUAAAUUGCAGUUUUACGGCCUGUAUAAGCAAGCGACCGUCGGUAAAUGCUCGGGCGGGCGACCAGGCUUUUGGGACAUGGCUGGGCGCGCGAAAUGGGAUGCCUGGGCGCAAGUUGGCGAUGUCUCCAAAGAGGACGCCAUGCGGCGCUAUGUCGACUUGCUGCGCCAAGUUGCGCCGGAAUGGGGACCAGGGGAAUCACAGCAUAAAAGUAAAGGUGGAAUGGGUACCGUCUUUAGCUGCUUAGCUGCCGGCGAUGAAGCGGGCAACACCUGCGAAGAGGAGGGGCCCAGGACGCUGCACGAGGUCGCGGGGGAGGGCGAUGUCGAAGCGGUAAUGCAGAUGUUGGAGUCUGGGACGCCCGUAGACGCGUGUGAUGACAUGGGGUGCACAGCACUUCACUUCGCCGCGGAUCGGGGAUGCUUGGCGGUAGCCCAGGCGCUGAUCUCAGCAGGGGCGGACAUCAACGCACAGGACUCUGACGGGCAAACCCCGCUGCACUAUGCCGCAAUUACAGAACACAAAGAGUUGUACGACAUGUUGGUCGCAGCGGGUGCUGACGUCAGCGUGCGGGAUAACCAGGGCGCCACGUCAGCAGAGGGCGCCCCUGCUGCAUGGGGCCUUACCUAGCUCCGCUCCUUGGGGCCUGGACCCUGGAGGCAGCGGCGAGUGCCGUACACCCGUACUGCAUAGGGUGCAUACAUGCACUACGCCAGAAUGAGUGAAAGACUCCGGCCCGUUCGUCUGGGGCCUUGUGCUGGUGUGGCGCGAUGUCUCUAAAGCGGAAUCCAAAUUUAACACUUGUGACGGCCAUCGGAGGGCUGGGUUGUUAUCUUGCGGCGGCCGUCCUGCGUAAGGUGCUUGCUGCAAUCGCACACACCUGCAGCACACAGGUUGUGCAGGUUACUCUUGUAGGUUGCAUCCGUCUUCAUGGACUGCACUGUGCCUGCUGCUACUUCUACGGCAGUACACACGGGUAGAGCGGUAGCCUGACUGGUAGCUAUAAUAGACCUUGUACUCGGACUGG